CAAAUCGAAAAUGGCGGCUGGUGGCGUAGCAGCAGUUGCUGCGCGAAGUUGUGGAUAAGCAGUCGCUGAUCUUCCUCGUAGUAACCUUGUCCUAGAAGAGGCGGCGGCGCUUGCCUCCUGCGCGUACGGAGCUUCAUCGCAUCGCAUCCAGCGGCGGUGCAGCGGAGGCGCUAGAUCACAAGAACUUGGGGCGACGACGCGGAUCCCGCUAGCAUCAUGAACGAAGCUGACAGCCCGGCGGGCAAGCGUCCCAUCUUCGACGCUUCGAAAUUUCCCUUGGGGGAUGCCAAGAUUUUGCCAGACUACACGCAACUGAAAGCACCCGAUGACAUCGACAACAUGACGAGCCAGUUGAUCGAGGGAUCCUACUCGCCGGCGAAAGAUGUCGUGCCGAACCCGUUUCACUACCGUAUCCACCUCACCCGGGCCGACAAGAUCAAGGUGGCCCUGAUGUCGGUGUUCGUGGUUCCGGUGCGCAUCGUGCUCAUCAUUUUCUUCCUGCUGCUCACCUGGAUCGGCUGCUACCUGGGUCAGCUCGGCCUUUCGCACAAGGACCGCACAGAGAAGCCGCUUACCGGAUUCCGCAGGGCCAUCCAAAGCCUGUCCCGAGAGUGCGUACUCAUGUGCGUGCGUUCCGCUGGCUUCGUGGUGCGGACGGUGGGGCGGGCCGCCCCCGCCCACGAGGCUCCCAUCCUGGUGGCCGCGCCACACUCCUCCUUUUUCGACACGGUGGCCGCCAUGCACGGCAACCCGGUGCCUUCGGCCGUCGUGCGCUCCAAGAGCAAGGGCAUGUUCUUCCUCGGCACUAUCUUGAACUACACUCAGCCCGUGUAUGUGAAGCGGAGCGACCCCAACUCUCGCCAGAACACGGUGCGCGAGAUCACCCGCCGUGCUACCUCCAAGGAACCUUGGUCCCAGGUGAUCAUCUUCCCGGAGGGCACUUGCACUAACCGUUCAUGUCUCAUCACUUUCAAGCUGGGUGCCUUUGUUCCUGGAGUUCCGAUCCAGCCUGUUCUCAUUCGAUAUCCGAAUGAACUGAACACCCUCAUAUGGACAUGGGAUGGCCCAUCUGCUUUUGAGACCUUGUGGUUGACCUUGUGCCAGUUACGAACACACAUGGAAAUUGAGUAUCUUCCUGUCUAUGUCCCAAGUGAACGGGAGAAGAAAGACCCCAAGCUUUAUGCUGAAAAUGUUCGCUGCUUGAUGGCCAAGGCCUUGCGGAUCCCACUUUCCUCAUACUCAUAUGAUGAUCUUAAGCAUACUGAUGUGGAGAACACUGGCUGUGUGAAGACUGUUGUGUGCAAUCGCCUGCAGCAGCUCAUCAGUAGGAAUAGCAUCCAGUUCCGAGAUAUUGGGGACGUGAUUCUCAAAGUAAAAGCUGCCAUAAAAAACCGUGACAGCUCUCGAGUGAGCUUUUUGGAGUUUGUUGCCCUCCUAGGAGUUCCCCCAGACCACAUUUCCAAGAACGUGUUCGAGGCUCUUGACAUAGAUCGAACUAAACAAGUGGACUUGCGGGCUCUCCUGGCAGCUUUCUGGUUGGUUCACAGGUCUGAAAGGCAUCAGACUGAAAAAGCUUUUAAGGCAUUUUGUGAUGGCAGCAAUGGAAUAUGUUUGGAGGACUUUGUACAACUUAUCUGGAUUCUUCUUGCACUUCCAAAGUCUGCAGCCAUGUCACUGUUUCAGAAGAUUGACACUGCUGCCCUGGGGCGGAUUCACUUUGAUGACUUCAAAGAAUUCAUUUCCAUGACAAAAUGGGCUGACAUCUUGGCACCACCGUUGGGCAACAAUGACUCUCCAGAUGGGGACAAGCGUGUGCCAAGCAAAGAAGAGUGAUGAGAGAGAGAGUUGCCAUGACUGUAGAUACAGCGUCUUUCUUUUUGCGAUUUUUAUUCUUUUUAACCAAGGACUGCCAGUUCUCUUUUAGUCACAGGUUUUCAAAUGUCAUUUGUUUCACUCAGUGUAAGAUAUUUAUAUUCUCCAUUGUAAGACCAUUUCCUGAAUAGAGCGUGGCCACUAUGGUCCUUGGAGCCUAGUGCUAGCCACUUGGCAAAGUGCUGGACUUCUUUACAUGGGACCAGAUGCCAUGGGUGCUGGUUUUGAAUCUGUCCUCAUUUUGCUUAGUGAAAGUAGUGUAACACAGCACUCCACAUUUAUUUUUUUGCUGUUGGCUUAUGUUCUCAAUACACAGUAGUCUCCACCAUUGACAAAAGUGGCUGUAAGUGGUGCACUUACAACAAAUGUGGCCAAAGCAUGCAGUGAUGCUGGAAGGAAGUACUACUUGUGCAGCUUUUGCUUGCUGUUCAGCCCAGUUGGCCUUGUAGACUAACCUUUGUAAACGUGAGUGGUAGACUUUUCUAGUGUCGGGUGUCUUGCCCUGCAGGACUUUUCACCGAGCUCUUUGCAUUUGGAUGCCAUCUUUUUGGAUUGUUUGAUAAACAAACUGUUUUAUGGUGAGGCUGCGCUUUAGCACUUGCAGAUGCUCUGAGCUUGGCUUCAGUUUGGAAACAGCCAUAUUUUACUACUGUUUAAAUCUUGGAAGCUACCUUUACAGCUUGCACUAUAUACCAAUGGCCUUCUUAAAUAUUUUGGAAUGGAGUGUAGUGUAUAGUGCUGCUUGGUACUGUGUGUACCUAAGAAGGAAUGCAAUGGUAGUAGCGUGGCCUACUUCUUCAGUGACACAGUGGGCUUGUAGCCAUACUGCAAAACUUGGCCCUGAAUUGGUACUUUUAGACAUGCCCCGUGUUAGCUGAUGGCUGCCUUUAAGCCUCUUUGCUUGGUCCCCAUUCAGGGAGCUCGCUCAUGAGUUAGUGACCUUUCUGAAUGAUGCUGGUUCAAUUUGUGAAUGUGAACACCUGAAUCGCUGAACACCUAAAUCACUGGGGCUUGAAAUACUCUGCAACAAAUAAGUGCACCAUGACCAUCAUGAAGUAGGUUUUUGCAUUCAACAUGAUCUUGUUCAUGUUCGUAGGUCUUUAUCUAUUUGAAACAUGCAGUAGAUGAGAAAUGUUGAACUGUGAAAAGUUCAGUUGGGUUCUGAAGUAUGUCUCAAAAUUUUAAAAAUUCUACGUUGCAUGCAGUUGCACAGCCUCUCUGCAAAUCUGAUAAGUCUACCUCUGAACGAAAACCUGCUGGUGUUUGAGCUUGUGCACCUAAGCUCCUGUGCCACUUGGUUCUGGAGAUGUUUGCUACAGAUGUGUAUGAUUGCUAUCAAUGUGUUAUAUGGGAUGAGCUUAAAAAAAUGCUGUCACUGAAGAAUGUUUUGGAUAAUGUGCAGCAGGACCUUAAUGAUUGCACACAGCGAUUUUCAGUUGGAACCAGACCAGGUGACAUCUUUCUCGCGUUGUCAUGUGGAAAGCCUGUAUGCUGCUUAGCUCAAGCUGUUUUGGCUCAAGCUAUGGUGGAUGUAAAUGUUAUUGCUGUUUGUUGUCACAAACCCUGACUGCUUUGCUUAGGAUUGCCAAAGGCUGCACGGAUGAAUGUUCUGACUUUGUCAAGCCCAUUCAGUAGCUUUUAGGCUGAUUCUGGUGUGAUGAACCUUGGCCAAAUCUGGCACAAAAUGUCUGCUUGUAGAUUAUCCUUGUCACAGGCUUGUCCCAGUUGUUUUUAUCAACUGAGAGGGAUCUUUUAUGCCCAUAUUUUUGUACUAGCAUUCAUCAUUAGUGUGCAUGGAAGCAAAUGCCUCAAGAUUUUUGUUUCAGUGGCUUCAGGUAUAUUAGUGGAAUGCAUGUUUUUUUUACUUUGCUGAGUACUCUAAUCUUGUGUGUGACUAUAGUGUGGGUGAUGACAUGCUGCCUCAUCAUUUGUUAGUCUUUAUACAUGUUCUUUGUCUGUGAAAGAUUUGUUUGCAUAAGGCAUUUCAAGUUUGUAAAGUUGCAAUAUGAUUGUUAUUUGUAAAGUAUGACAAGUUGGGAAAAGUUGUAAUACUACUGAUUUAUUAUUUAUGUAUUUACCAGUCUGCAUGUGUCAGUGUAAUGAAUUCAUUUGCCUGAAUGUGGUAUGAAAAGAGAUUAAAGAUAAUUC